GCAUGCUACCACCACCUGGUGCUUACUAUCGGAGGCUCGGCGGACUCGCAGAACCUUCGUGAAGAGCUGCAGAAGACGCGCCAGAAGGCGCAGGAGCUGGCGGUGGCCACUGGUGCUCCGCUGACGACCGCGCUGCGAGACAAGGGCAUGGGCGCCGAGGAACGCGCCGAGUUCGAGCGCCUCUGGGUAGCCUUCUCCGGCUGCCUGGACCUGCGGCACGAGGCAGAGCGCAACUUCGACGCGGACGAUCUGCGCGAGCUGGAGCGGGAGAUCCUUCAGGUGGGCAAGAUGAUCCACGACCUGGAGAUGAAGGUCAACGUGCCCCGCUGGACGGUGCAAGCCCGGCAGGCGGCGGGCGCCGAACUCCUGUUCAGUGCUGGAGCCUCCUCGGCGGGCUUUGUGUCCGUAGAAGAGCGCACAGGGCCCUGCGACCCGAGCAAGGCCCUGGCUGCCACUGUUUUCAGCGCCGUGCUGCUGGCGGCGGUGGCCCUGGCCGUGUGCGUGGCAAAGCUGAGCUGACCGACACCUGAUAGCCUGCCGCUCAGCUCCUUCCUGACCGCCACCUCUCCUUCCCCAGGGACGCCCCUCUCUCGGAAUGACCCUUACCGCUAGGACUCGGGAUGGGAGUGAAAUCUGGCAUGUUUAAGGGGGGCAAUUCUAAAACCCCGUGUGUGUAGGUGUACACGCGUAUUUCCAGCACACAGCUACCAGCAGAACGUGGUUUCCUCCUGCUAGCCAGGGAGGAGUUAAUUUGUGCAGGUUGUCAGGGCAUUAUCGCUAAUGUUUGCAGGAGCUUUAUCCUCUAUUAAUAGAAAACAGUCCACAGUGACCCCAGAUUCCUCUGAGUUAAUGGGUUACCGCGUGUGCUGCUGGGGCAUGUUUGCACUGAGUCCGAGCUUGGUGCCAACAUCCCUACUGGAGACUCACUCCACAUUGGGGCAGUUUGAUGAAGGCGGUGGUGAAAUGAAGUGUGGAGAGGGGGGCUGUUUUGCUGGAAGGGGGUUGUUUCUUCCUGGACAAGAGGCAAAUUGCAACAGGAUAUAAGCAGGAUUUCUGUUAUUAUUAUUAUUAUUAUUAUUACCUUAAUCCUUUGGGGCCUAAGUUUCGGAGAGGAAAAAUAGACGUUCAUGCAAAGUGCUUUCUGGAUGGCUCACGAUUAUGCUUCUUGGCAGAAUCACCAAAAGCAGCUAGAAGAGGUUUGGGGUUGUGCCCUCGCUGCAGGGUCUGACUCUGCUUAGGAAACCAGAGAAGGGCUACAGAACCUUCCUUCAUGGGUUGGACCCACUGCGCACGCUGCCUUCUGUUAAGGGCUCUUCCUCGCCUGCCUGGGAAGAAUCUCAGAGGGUGCAAGCUUUGGAACUUUCUCCUUCCCUUUGGCUUAUUUUUGCUCCAGAAUUAGACCAGAGUUUUUGAUCCUCCUUUUCAGGGAGGGCUGGGGAAUCCUCUUUGGAGCCCUUAAUCCUGUCUAUCCCUUGGAAUUUGCUUGCCGGCCAGUAGGAGAGCUGGUUUUGGAAGGAGCUGCACAGCUCUCUGACCCCAACACUGCCCCCUGAGGGGGUAUAGUAGCAUCAUUGGCGCUCAGAGAAUGCAAUAGUUUUAACUUGGAAUUUAAUGUGUUUUAAAAAUAACAAUCAUUUUAAAGAAAAAUCACAUUGUGUACUAUCAGAGCUGUUUGUUUUUUUCUAAAGGACAUUUGGCCAUGAAUGUAUACGUGCCAAUGAGUCAAACAUAGUUUUUACUUAUAUACUUUGGUUACUAAAUAUAUAUUUGCAUUUAAUUUUUAAAUUGAUCUUGAAGGCAGGAGGUCAUAACAAAAACUACUAGAACCACAAGUGUAGGCGACAGGAGUUAAGCAGCCCUUGCUUCUCUUGGUCCAUAAAUAAGGAAAUGUAGAAAACACGCUGAGUCUGAGGCUGGAAUUGGCCUGAGCUGGGCUGCCACCUCCCACCUGUGUUACCAAGAGAACAUCUGUUGAGAAAAAAAGAUGCAUUUACUCCAUAAAGGUAAUGAUUUGGCAUAAAAUUCAUAGGCAUUGGUUUGGCUCAAAACUGAGAAGGAUUUUUUUUUUUCCUUUUUGAUGUCCAAAGUGAGAAAAGGGACCAAGAGGAGGGAAUUGGCAGGUUUUCACAAGGGCAGCUUGGGAGGCCAGUGGCAGAGGGAAAUCGCAGUAGGAGUGCUGUUCGGGCACCCAGUCCUAACUCCAGACAGUCCUCCCAGCCCAGCCCACUCCUCCUCACACACAGGUUCCAGUAACUUAGAAUAUGAGGUGUUUGCAUAGCAGUUUUAAACGACUCAGAGGGUCUUAAGCCGAAUUAAAGUUUUAUGACAAUAACUAAUUAAAAGGAACUUCUGCCUCA